CAAACAAAUUUUUCGACACGAUAGCCGUUUCUUAUACAAACCGCGAACGAGGCUAACAGUGUGGUGCUUAUGCAUGGCUGCGUGACCGUUUAUUUAUCAUUCACGCAUUAAAUCACGCGAGUGUCACGUGCCCUGGCCACCGCACAAAACGUCAAACCGUAAAAGAAAACAAAACUCGCUCGAUAAACAAGCCAGUUUGAGCUCGUUAUGAGCGCAAGAAACGAAAUAUUGUGCCACGUACUGGAACGAUAGAUCAUUAAAUCAAACCAAAAUUAAUCGACUGGGUUGUUAUUCGCAGGCUUUAUAUUGCUCAAGGUUAUGUUCGUCAUUAUUAUUCUGUCAAUAGUUCGACGUUAUCCUGUGGGAAUCUAAGAAGAAGGGGUAACCUAAGAAUUGCAAAGGGGAGUUCGUAAAAAUCUUAUGACUUGGCCAAGCAAUCCCUAACGUCCUAGCUCGAAAAUCAAAAUAUAAGGUUAAAUGUUAAGAUAACUCGCUCAGACGAUCCCUGUCAAAAUGUAUCGUCUACCAAGAAUGAAAUAUUAUUUGCGCAUGCAGUUUUAUAUGGAAUAUAUCAGAAUUCUCCGAGGGAAUAUCAAAGGCCACUAGAAAAGGCUUAAAUAUUAAGCCUAUACUUGAUCAUGCUCCCCUAUACAGGCAAUAAUGCUCCAGUGAGGCUGAAGGAUCAUUUUGGCUUAAUGACUAAGACGGGCGAAGAUAUUCAAUAGUUUUCGCUGACCGCGCUUUUAUGGACUGACAGUGUUAUAUCGUACGUGUUUGGCAAAAAAAUAAUAAUAAUAAUAAUUAAAAUGAGUAAAUAACAAAAAGAAAACCUUGAGCCUGCUAGGGAUUAAAUGCAUUUCGGCCUUGUGCAGCAAAGAUAUCAGUAGGGGGUGCGUAAAAGGACAGUGGCAUUAGUUAUUACUAUAAAACGGAAUGGAACAUCGAUCAGGAUAGAUCAGUUGAUCACGUAGCAUCGACCGAGAUUCAUCACCAUGCCAUCUUCAUUUACCUUGGUCGUUUUUCACGCUGUCUUGUCUUCCAUUUACGGAGCAUCUCUUACACUAAGGGACCCCUCCGAUGAAACAAGCGGUGCUAGUAACAAGUGCGAAAUGAGCCGGCGUCCCUAUACUAUGGUGGACUUUGCUAGCGGGCAAUGCGACGCUUAUAUUAGAUGUGAAGGUGGUCAGAUGAGCUUCGAGCUGUGCGAGGACGGCCUUGUAUAUGGAGAUCUCUGUGAUAUGCCCCAGCGAGUUAACUGUGCCGGACGUGAGCGUCUGCAACCGCCAAAAGGUUCGGGCAACUGUCCUCGUCUUAACGGGCUCUAUCCUCACACCGAAUUUUGCGACCAAUACUACUACUGCCGUAUGGGUAUCCCUCUACUCAUCACCUGUCCUGCUGGUCUAGUCUACGACACCAAGAUGGGAGUGUGUGAAUUCCCCGAUGAAGCUCAACGUCCAGGAUGCAUGCCAGAAGAAGUUUUAGGUUUCACCUGCCCGCCAAUUACCAAUGCUACGCAGCUGACGUUCGGCGAUCACUUACGCUUUCCCAAACCAGAUGAUUGCCGCUAUUUUUUCAAAUGUCUGAAGAACGGCUAUCCUCGUCUGGGCGGAUGCGAACACGGCAACGUCUUCAAUCCGGUUAAUGGGUUUUGCGAUAGCCCUCAGAACGUCAGAGGUUGCGAAAAAUAUUACAGCGAAGACGACUGAUGGCGAAUAAAAUUGUAGGGGAGA